UUUUGUUAAAAAUUGUGCAAUAAUUUUUCAUGACCUUUCAAAUUAGUUCAGUGUUCAAUUUUGUGGUGUUAUGAUAAUUUUCUUUCCGUCGGCGAAGAAAAUGACUAAUUGUUAAAAAAAAAAAAUAAACAGAAAAAUAUUUAAGUUCGCAGUAAGUUUUACCGAAGUAAAAUUUUUUCUAAGAAUCUUUCUUUGCACUUAAGCAGCACGUGAGCAGCAAACGCAAACGAAUCUAUAUUUUUAGCUAUUAAAAUAUAGAUUCAAACGCUGCCUAAAAAAUCAAAUACCGAUGAGGUACGAUCAAAGUGAGACCGCUCUUUCUAGUAAUUUAGUGGACACGGUGCCGCUUUUAAAACAACCGUUGUUGGAAAAUAACAAUACACCGAAUUUACCGCCACCGAAUAUUGUGAGCUCGGCAACGCCGAAUAUGGCAUAUCAUCCAUUUUUACAAUUACCAAGACCAACAGAUUUUAGUGUGUCCAGUUUAUUAACAGCGGCAACAAAUAAUAAUAAUUCACCGGGUAGUGCCGGUAGUGUAAAUUCCACAACGGGUACACCAACAACGAACGCGGGUGGCGGACACUUUUUCCCAGCGGCAGCGUUAGCAGCAUUUGGUGCACAAGGUCCACAUUUAUAUCCGGGCAUGAUACCAAAAUUACCGCAUGUACCACAUGCCCAUCAUGCGCUAAAUGCUCAUCCGUAUACAACCGCUGAAGACGUUGUGCUAGCGGCUGCCGUCGCCGCACAUAAUCAUCAUCCGGCAAUGGUGCGACCGCUACGUGCGAUACAACCAGAAGACGAUGGUGUUGUGGACGAUCCUAAAGUGACACUAGAAGGCAAAGAUUUAUGGGAGAAAUUUCAUAAACUAGGAACAGAAAUGGUUAUUACGAAAAGUGGACGACAAAUGUUUCCCCAAAUGAAAUUUCGUGUAUCUGGUUUGGAUUUGAAAGCGAAAUACAUUUUAUUGUUGGAUAUCGUAGCCGCGGAUGAUUAUCGAUAUAAAUUUCAUAACAGCCGAUGGAUGGUUGCGGGUAAAGCUGACCCAGAAAUGCCAAAACGAAUGUACAUUCAUCCGGAUUCACCAUCAACGGGCGAACAAUGGAUGCAGAAAGUUGUGUCAUUUCACAAAUUAAAAUUAACAAAUAACAUCAGUGAUAAGCACGGCUUUGUAAGUACUACGAUACUAAAUUCAAUGCACAAAUAUCAACCAAGGUUUCAUUUGGUACGAGCAAACGAUAUUCUAAAACUGCCAUAUUCAACAUUUCGAACAUAUGUGUUUAAAGAAACGGAAUUUAUUGCUGUUACCGCUUAUCAAAAUGAGAAGAUUACCCAAUUAAAAAUUGAUAAUAAUCCAUUUGCAAAAGGAUUUCGUGAUACUGGCGCUGGUAAACGGGAGAAAAAUUACAGGCAAGCGAUGUUAGCUCAACGCCAUGAUUCAGAUAAGCAUCAUCCGGUUGUAGCAGCACGAAUGACUGCAGAUAGUAGCAGUGCAAUUGUCAGUAGUGCAAGUAAUGCCAGUCGUCAACAGAAUCAUAGUAAUCGAGAUGUAGAUGAUGAUGAUCGACUGUUAGACGUGGUGGGUCCACCAGAGAGUCCACUUCAUCUGGGUCAUGGAUUAUCGAGUGUAGCAAGUCUUCGACAUGGUCAUAGUGCAUGGUUCUCUGCUUUAGGCUCACACACACCCGGUGCUGCAAUCCACAACGAUGAUGAAGCAAUACGACGCCGUUUACACGAUGAUUCAGAACGAGACGGUUCCGAUAGCAGUUGUAGUGAAUCGUUCACCGGUUCAUCUACAGCAUUCCGGCCUGGUGGAUCAACAUCCCCGACGAAAGAUUCAUCAACACUACCAGGACCAUCCACAAAUAAUCAUGGUGGUAGUCCUGGCGAAUAUCCAUCACCAAACAUAUCGGUUGGUCCACCAAUACAUCCCCCACCACAUUUAUUACCAUACCUUUAUCCACCAGGAUUAUAUCCUGGUAGUACCGCUGGACCACCAUUUGGACCUCCUUUAUCAUUAUUCACUGGUCAUGCACCAGGUAUGAAUCCUAGUUUAUUAUUCAAUGCCCAACUUGCCCUUGCCGCUCAACAUCCUGCAUUAUUUAGUCAUUAUUCAAACUUAGCACAUCCUCAUGGCCAUCAUUUAAGUCCUACAUCACCCUUGUCCCAGUUAAAGGGUGGUCAUCGAUUUACCCCAUAUACAUUACCAAACAGUGGUGGAGGUGGAUCUCACUUAGUGGGAAGUUCACCUAUUGGAAGUGCGUUUGAAACAGUCACACCAAGUUCACAUAGAAGUUUAAGUAAUUCACCCUCAGGGAAAUUACGACAGAAUUCAAUAUCACCACCAAUAAGACCUUCAACGACCUCACCUACACCACCUCAAGAAUCUUCAUCAAUUCUAACAACAUCUCCGGCAGGAGUUGGGGCUACAAAUGUAACUACCACGACUAAUUCGUCGCCUAGUGAUUUAAAAAAUAUUGAAAAAAUGGUUAACGGUUUAGAUGUAAAAACAAAUGAUAGUGAUAGUAAAAAUGUGGAUAAAUGAACGCUAAAGGAGGGAGAAAAAAUUGAUUAAAUCUCCCUCCGAAUUAAUUAAUUUAGUUCAACAAACCAGUGGCAAUUAAUAAACAAAAUCUAUCUGUAAUAUUUUAUAAAAAAUUAUGUUUUAUCAUCUUAAAAAAUUAAGAAGAGGGUAUUACCUCGAAUAACUGUGAAUUGUUUCUUUAUUCUAGUAUCAACAUAACCUUAAAAAUAGUAAACUACUUUGAUAAUCCUCUGUUCAGAUCUGAAUUUGCUCAAAAAUACUUUCAAUGAAAUCAAAUUACAACUUAA